GAGGAGGAAACAAAAGAGGAGGAAGAAGAAGAAGAAGAAGAAGAAGAAGAAGAAGAGGAGGAGGAGGAGAAAGAAGAGGAGGAGAAAGAAGAGGAAGAAGAAGAGACAAAGGAAGAAGAGGAAGAAAAGAAGGAUGAAACGGGUACUGACGAUGAUAAAGAUCCAAAGGAAGUACCAGAGAUAAACAUAAGAGAGGAAACUAAUGGACGGCAGUCACCUCCACCUCUUGAAGAGGAGGAGGAAGAGGAAGAGGAGGAAGAAGAGGAGGAAGAAGAGGAAGCAACUGUAGUUGUUGUUAAAGAAGAAACUGAUGGAGACACUAAAGUUGAGCCUCCUCCAUUACCGGAAGAGGAAGAGGAGGAGGAGGAGGAGGAAGAAGAAGAGGAAGAAGAGGAGGAGGAGGAAGAAGAAGAGGAGGAGGAGGAGGAUAAACAGGAGGUUCCUCCAGCUGAUAAGUUUUCAAAGGAAGAAGUCGAUCAUCAUGAAGCCACACCCCCUGUCCAAACCCCUCCCACUGAUAGACCAGAGUCUCCGAUAAUUAAAGACCCUUCACCACAGCCUUCUCCAUCUCCCCCUCCCCGUUCACCAGUCCAACCAGCCAAACAAACUCCGAAAAAGGGUGGUGGCCUAUUUGACGAUGACGAUGACGACGAUGAUUUUUUCUCUAUUACAAGUAAUGAUAAGGCCACGUCCUCUUCAACAAAAGAAACAGUCAAACAUGAUAAAGAAAAAAUAGAUUCCUCAAUAUUUGGAGCUUCAUCAGAUUUUGCUUUCGGUCAAGAUGAAGAUGAUAAUCUGUUUCUGUCACCUUCCGCUCCAGAACCAGCUGCUAAACAAGACGAACCCACUAAAGAUUCACCCGAGACCACAAAGGCAAAACCUCCUCCUAAUCCGUUAUUUGGUGAUGAUGACGAUGACGAUAAAGAUGAGUGGUGGAAUUAGGAAAUUUAAAACAAUCUUCUGUACGACUGUGUGUUUGGGUGGGCGUGUCUAUGGCCGAUUUAUUAUUAUUAUUAUUAUUAUUAUUAUUUUUGUUGUUUGUGAUUAGUCAAUUAUUGUGCGUGUGUGCUUUUGUGAGCUGCUGUGUUUGUUUCUUUUUUUUAAAUUGAGAUCCUUUCAAGUUUUUGAAAGACA